GUUAAUAUCUUUUAAGUGGAAGGGUUAGUUGGCCUCCAUUCUUAGUCACUUUGUGUUCUUUUCAAGUAUUAUGAGGAAUUUGACCCAAGGAGUGACUAAAAAGUUCUAGGAGGACAAUGAAAAUCCAUAGUUGUCUAUGAAGGCACCCAAGUCAUGGAGGUGGCUGAUGAAGACAUAAAAUUUCUUAGUUGACCCGGUAUAACUGCAGAGAGUACUUGGAGUUAAGAUGAAACAACUUCCAUUCAUGGGAGUUGUCUGUACAGUGAUGUUGUUUAUUAUAUACAGGACAACAAUUUUUCAGUAUCAACAAGCAGAGAUGGAUCAAAAACUGGAUUCUUUUUAUACAUUGAAGGACUCAGGUGUGGGUACCAUGGAGAAAUUGCCUCGUGGUAUAAUUGAAGCAGGAUCAGACCUGGAGUUAAAGCCUCUAUGGACAAGCAGCAGUGCCAAUUCAAAGGACCGUGCUCAGCGCUCUGCAAAUUUGCUAGCAAUGCCUGUUGGAAUCAAGCAGAAGAAAAAUGUUGAUACUGUUGUGCGAAAGUUUCUUUCAGAAAACUUCACAAUUGUGUUGUUUCACUAUGAUGGAAACUUGGAUGGAUGGUGGGACUUGCGUUGGAGCAAGCAAGCUACACAUAUAGUUGCUCUCAACCAAACAAAAUGGUGGUUUGCCAAACGUUUUUUACAUCCAGCUAUUGUGUCCAUCUAUGAUUACAUAUUCCUGUGGGAUGAAGAUUUGGGGGUGAAGAAUUUUCACCCUGGAAGGUAUCUGGACAUUGUAAAAUCAGAAGGACUUGAAAUAUCUCAGCCAGCUUUGGACCCAAAUUCUACUGGCAUACAUCAUCGGAUCACUAUAAGAAACCGAAUGAGUACAUUUCAUAGAAGGGUCUAUGACGCCAGAGGUAGUAUUAAGUGCUCAGAUGAUAGUGAAGGGCCUCCAUGCAGUGGCUUUGUAGAAGGCAUGGCUCCUGUGUUUUCGAGAUCAGCAUGGCAUUGUGCCUGGCACUUGAUUCAGAAUGAUCUUGUUCAUGGAUGGGGAAUGGACAUUAAACUUGGCUAUUGUGCACAGGGGGAUCGCACAAAAAAGAUAGGAGUUGUUGACAGUGAAUAUGUAGUUCAUCAGAGCAUACAAACAUUGGGUGGUGCAUCUGCUAGAAAGGCUGUGAAUUCUGAAGUGACUACAAAGAAGCAUGGUGUUGAUGUUAGAUUAGAGAUACGGAAGCAAUCUUCGAUGGAGCUUCAAAAAUUCAAGGAACGAUGGGACCGAGCUGUUAGGGAAGACAGAAACUGGGUUGACCCGUUUUCCUCAAUCCAAAGACGCAGAUAUUGGGGCUAUUACAGACGUGCCAAAGUUUAAAUAGCCUAAAAUUGAUAUCUGCAAUUUUAGUAAGUUAGCGGAUCAAACCUAUAAUGUUUACUUUUUGGUUCCUUUUCUUUUAUCCAGUCAAGAUUGGGUCUAUACCUGCAGCUGAUCAUAUGAAAAUGGAAAGAAAUAUUGAUGAAAGUGAAAAAAAAAGUGAUUUGCAAUUUAA